AUGUGUGUCUGUGUCUGUGUGCCUGCCUGUUUAGUGUCGGCUUCGGUGUUGUGCAGCAGCAAAAUAAAAUGUUUUCCAGUGAUCCCAAACUUCCUUCAUUGCUUGCAAAAACAUAUCACGCCCUCAGCAACAACAAUUCUCUGUUACACUCAAAACCGAACUAAUAUAUAUACUGGAGAGGAAAUUAUCAGAAUCCCAUUUCACCACCACGAAAUUACAAGCUUUUGUGGACCUGUUCUCUUGGAGACAAUGCGGAGCGCUGUUGCCUGUGUCGCCUUUGGCAUCAUGGUCUUGAUGUUUGCUUAUGGCGGUGCUGCUUUGCCACCUGAGUAAGUAGGAUUAUAAUUUUCGAAUUUACCCGUUAUCAAGGUCUUCCUUAUUCUUCCUUCCGUU